AUGACGCAGACUGCAUACGCGAGAUUACACUGCAUCGGCAGCGGCAAUCUUGCAUCUGCGGGUAUCAAGAUUCUUGGCAAGGCAGUCUGUUCAUGCUUUAUCUUCUCUCACUCUUCACUUCUAUUUAAACCUCACUCUCAAGCUCCCAUCCUUCAUCUAUUGAUCACUUUGGCUAUCACUUUGACCAGGGCUACCAACGUUAUCAACCCUCAGGCAACUCCAAUCGCCCCAUCUCAUCCCGCUCCAGCUAAAGCUCCAGCAGUAUCCUUCUUGAGCUCAAAUUCUACUACGGUAUCAGUCAAUCUUGAAGCUAAAGCACCGUUUCCAGCUAUUCGGGCACUCUUUGAUCACCUCCACAGUCACCUUGACGAUGUUGCCAAGCUCAACGCAACCUACCCUCACCGGGGCGUCAUCAAGACUGCUGCUCUACACAAAGCCGAAUCGGAUCAGAAGUUCACCAUCGACCUCUCGCCUAUGCGAAACUCCCGGAUCCCAGAAGCUCUUCGUGAAUCCUUGGAUCCUCAUGGCCUAGGUGAGGUCCUCGACCUCUUCAACGCCAUCAGUGCUCAGUAUGUACCCACCAUACUGUCGUCUCUGAGCAUCCUCGCCGGUACCGAUCUGUCUGUGGCACAUACGUCAUACAAUAUGAACUACCGCCUAUGUGAUUACAAUCCUAACACGGCUGCUCCCAAAUCGUCCAAUGGAUGCGGAGCUCACACGGAUUACGGAACCUUCUCAAUCAUCUUCCAAGAUGGUACCUCCGGUCUGGAGCUCGAAGAGACUCCCGGCAUAUGGGUCCCCGUCCCUGGCGAUGCCACUGUUGUCCUGACCGGUUGGUGUGCGGUCAUUCUGAGUGGUGGUCGGAUUUCCGCUGCCAAGCAUCGUGUUCGCCGUGCCCCGGGCGUGCGUCGCUUGAGCGCUGUCUUAUUCGUUACCCCUGACCUUGACGUGAAAUUGAAGCCUCUGGGUGAUUCCCAGCCAAUCCGAACUUUCUCUGACACCAUCAUGCGUGGAGACCUGGAUGUUGCAACCUUCAAGGACGUUAUGGGAAAGAGAUGGCGAUAUAGAGAGGGGAAUGAAGAGAUGGACAAUGCAGACUCCCUCUCUCAGGAUAACGAGAUUGAGAACAUGGUAUGGGGCUAA